AUGGAUAAAGGAGCACCACCACCACCUCCGAGCAUCUUUGUGAAUGAUGGGUCCUUCAUGGAAAGAUUCAGACAGCUUCAACAGGAGAAAGAUGAAGCCAAGGAUAAGGUUCUUCCCCAUGUUGUAGAGGAGUCCAAGCCUGUGAAGGUUAUAUCUGGGAUUUCUAAUCCUAGGCCUUCUUCUGCUACUAAAGUCUCCAUUGGGUUUAAGACCAAUGAUGCCGCACAGAAGAAAGGUGGUAAGCUUGCUUUCAGCUUGAAGCAAAAGUCUAAGCUUCUCGCCCCUCCUGUAAAGCUUGGUGAAGAAGAGGAUGAUGAUGAGGAUGAGGGGGAUGCGAGAAGUGAUCAAAGGUUUGGAUCUGCUAAGCGUCCAAAGUUAGAGCAGGGAAGAGACACACCUGCCAAGUCAGCCAAACUGUUAGAUGUUGCACCUCCUGCGCCCAGUGACCCUACUGUGAAGAAUGCUGCUGAUAAACUAGCAAGCUUCGUUGCUAAGAAUGGAAGGGCAUUUGAGGAUGUUACACGCCAAAAGAAUCCUGGGGAUACACUAUUUAAGUUUCUUUUUGAUGAGAGCUGUGCGGACUACAAGUACUAUGCAUUCAGGCUGUCUGAAGAGGAAAAAUCUAUUUCACAAGCCAAGGAAUCUGGUGUACAUCACAGUGGUAAUUAUUUCAAAACGCCUUUGUGCCCGCGGUUGUCCACAACACCAAUCACUUCCCAGAAGUCAGCUCAGCAACAAAGAGGCUAUCAGAUCCCGGCUUCGGCUCUCUUUGAUGCUCCUGAGGAACAUGGAGCUUCCUCUAGAUCUGCUCAGGCAUCAGUUACAAGACAUAACAACAGCGACUCUUUUAAUGCGCCUAGGGCUGCAGACCCUAUUUCAAUGAUGGAGUUUUACAUGAAGAAGGCUGCCCAAGAAGAGAAGAUGAGACGUCCUAGGCAGUCAAAAGAUGAAAUGCCCCCACCAGCUUCUCUUCAAGGCUCAUCUGCAACUCCUUUCGCAGACUCAGGAAAGAGAGGCCAUCACAUGGGUGAUUAUAUCCCACCGGAGGAGCUAGAUAAAUUCCUUGCAAAGUGUGACGAUGUAGCUGCUGUAAAAGCCACAAAGGAGGCAGCUGAGAAGGCUAAGAUCCAAGCAGAUAACGUCGGACAUAAGCUCUUAUCAAAAAUGGGUUGGAAAGAAGGUGAAGGUAUAGGAAGCUCUAGAAAGGGUAUGGCAGACCCUAUAAUGGCAGGAGAUGUAAAGACUAACAACUUGGGAGUUGGGGCUUCCGCUCCAGGAGAAGUUAACCCCGAGGAUGAUAUAUACGAGCAGUACAAGAAGCGAAUGAUGUUGGGAUACAAACACAGACCCAAUCCACUGGGAAAUCCCAGGAAAGCUUAUUAUUAAGAACCAUUCAAUGUGCUGCAGACAAUCAUGACUCACCCACCAAGCCCCAGAUGAUCUUUUACUUUUUUAUUAAAAUAUAAUGUCCCAAGUUCUUAUAUUACUCUGAUGAAUUGAAGUGUUUGUUUGGAUUGGAUUUGUUUGCAAAUAGAUCUCUAUCUGUUGAGAUUGGAAUUGACUGAGAGAUUUCGAUUCUUAUAUCUUCAUUAAUGUUUUUAA